AUGGCCAUCAAGAAGAGACAGCAAUACGAGGAGUCCGAAUCAGAGCAAGAAGAAGAGUAUACGUAUGCUAAUGAUAGCCAAGAUGAAGAUGAUGAAUUAGAACCAAGUGAAGAGGAAGAGGAAGAGGAAGAGGAAGAGGAAGAAGAAGAGGAAGAAGAAGAAGAAGAGGAAGAGGAGGAUGAAGAGGAAUACAAGGCAGCACAACUAGCAAAAAUUAAAAGAGAUCUGGCGCAUGUUUCUUUUGAGCAACUGGCUGAUUUGAAAGGGAAGAUGGGAGAGAAAGGAUUUGUGAAAGACGAAAAGAAAAAGAUAUCCAAAGAUCAGAUUUUGAAGGAUCUGAAAGGUGCAGUUGGUAAAUUGAAAAAAACCAACAGAGUAAAGUUGACAAAGCAAGAUAUGAAGAGAGAGAGCAAACACAGACCUAUGGAAAUCUCAUCCAAGCGCGCAGUGGGUCGUCAUAGAGAUGUUGUGCAGUUGCAAGCCGAGAAACGUCGUGAUCCCCGCUUUGAUAGACUUUCGGGUCAAUUGAAUCAAGAUCUAUUUGAGAAAUCGUACAGUUUUUUGAAUGAUUACAAGAAAUCAGAAAUGGAAAUGUUGAAAGAAAGCAUCAAAAAGGAGCAGGAUGAAGAGAAACAAGAGCACAUGAAGGGCCUUUUGCUAAAAAUGGUGUCAGCAGAUAAGCAAGAGCAAGAGCGAAAGAGAAAGCAAGCCCUAUUACGAGAUAGAAAGAAGCAGGAAUCAGAGUUGGUCAAACAGGGUAAAACACCCUAUUUCUUGAAGAGAUCCGAGAAGCGCAAGCUUGAUUUGAUGGAUAGAUACGAGAAACUGGGCGCCAAGAGUGUUGAUCGCAUCUUGGAGAAGCGUCGCAAGAGAAACACAACAAAGGACAGAAAGCAUUUGCCAUUCAACAAGAGAAGAUCAGCAGCGGAGUGA